AUGCAUAUCCUUGACCUAGAAGCUAAACUCGACCAACUCGCUUCCGAGAAUCGUUACCUACAGGAUGCCAUCGAUCAAACCACACCAUCACAUCCUUCGCUCGAUGACAAUCUUGGUCUUCAAGAUAUGCUCAGAACACGUGACAUGCAACUCCAUGAAAAAGAUGCAGAGAUCCAACAGAUCCGAUCUUUACUCGAGCCACUGCAACGAGAAAUUGCAAAGUUGACUGAUGUCAACAAUAAUCUCUUCGAAGUCAAUCGAAGCUUCACGGCCAACAAUGAUGUUUCAUACACUACUUUGCAGAACGAACAUGCAAAUGCUCACAAGCAAAUACAGCAAACGGGCCAUGAACUUGAAAGUCUCAAGAGACAACACCAUGAGCUUAGUGACAAUAUGGAAGACAUUGUUCGGCAGGAGAUUGCCAAUGCAUUGGAAGAUAAAAAUGCUGAGAUCAGAAAACUACGCGAGGAGCUUAAUCUGGCUAGUCAACAGAUCCGCCUUCUUCAGAGUGAGAUCCUUGCGUCCAAGGGCGACAACUACCUCACGGUCCGCGACGAAGACUACUUUGAUGCAUCAUGUCAGAAGCUCUGUCAGCAUGUUCAGCAAUGGGUUUUACGCUUCUCAAAAUACUCCGACAACCGCAUGUGCCGUUUGACUUCAGACUUGACGGAUGAGAAAAUCGCAGCUAGACUCGACAAUGCCAUACUGGAUGGCUCCGAUGUUGACAAACUGCUCGGCGAUCGCAUCCGCCGCCGCGACGUCUUCAUGUCUGUAGUCAUGACCAUGAUCUGGGAAUACGUGUUUACUCGAUACCUCUUCGGCAUGGAUAGGGAACAACGCCAGAAACUCAAGUCACUGGAAAAGAUACUAUCAGAAGUCGGUCCUGCACGUGCGGUAGCACAGUGGAGAGCAACCACCUUGACGCUUUUGUCUCGCCGACCAGCGUUUGCAACACAACGUAAUCUCGACACUGAAGCCGUGGCUCAAGAAAUAUUUGCCGUGUUGUCUGCUUUGCUGCCGCCUCCUGCGCAGUUGGAAGCACAGAUCUUGUCGUCGUUGCGCAAUGUGUUGCGUCUAGCCGUCGAGCUGUCCAUCGAAAUGCGCAGCCAGAAAGCAGAGUACAUCAUGCUGCCGCCUCUGCAGCCCGAAUACGACACCCAAGGCGACUUGAUACGCAAAGUGCACUUCAACGCUGCUCUCAUGAAUGAACGCUCUGGCGAAUACAACAGCAAUGACGAGUUAGAGAAGUCCCAGGCGGUGGUGAAGAUUGUACUGUUUCCGCUUGUGGUGAAGAAGGGAGAUGAUAGUGGGGAAGGCGAGGAUGAGAUUGUGGUUUGUCCUGCUCAGGUGCUUGUUGCUGGGUCCAAGCAAGGGAAAAAGGUCGUUAGGGUGUUGAGUGGGGCUAUGGAUAUGGACAAUCCUAGGAAAAGCAAUCAGAGUAUUAUUUCUGGGUUGGAGAGUGGGAAUAUGAUUUGA